AUGCUCCGGGAAUUCCAGCUGCGUAUUUUUUUUUCUCAUUCUGGAUGUUUGAAAAUUGAGUGGUCAGCGGAUGAUAAAUUUGCAGCGGCUGGUGAUGAACAGGCACGCACGAUAGAAAUGAAUAUUCGCAUUGGUCUUCAUAAUACAGUAUGUUUUCGGUUGGAAAAUGACACCAGUGACAGGGAUUCGCUGUUUGCCGACGUGCUCACUGUGAGAAGUCAGGAUCAAGGAUGGUUGCACACCCUCACACUAUCACAAUUGGAGCACCAUCAUCCGAUUUCGCAACAGUACGAGUUUGCGAUCCCGGAAGUCAGGGCUUCCUGUAUCUGCGAAUGCGAUUCCAGUUCGGACGCGAGUUGCUUUCGCACCUUUCAUCCGAAUCAAGCAGAUACCGGCUGUGCGCCCGGCACGCAGUCAAAGCUUUGCUGCGAGGUGAACUUUGUACCAUACCAAAACAAAACGUAUAUGGCUGUGAAGCUUGAACAGCCCACAACAUUCGUCGUAUUAAAAUAUGCUGCCUAUGACUACACGGCUGGUCGGUGGAUCGAAAAGGACAAAAGUACUGCACGAGUGGAAAUUGAUGGUCGAACACAGAGGCUUUUUUUGGACAGAUGGCGAAGGAUAGAGUUAGGAGUAAGCGUAGGUGGUCGAGCAAGUCAUCAGCUGGAAACGGGUAUGUAUUUUGCAGUAAGUAAUCCCGGCGGAGAGAUGGACGAACUGCGGCAGCAGUCUAUCAAUGAACUCAACGAAAAUAGCUUCGAAAAGCUAGGCUGGUUCCGAAAAGAUUCAGCUGGUCAUUUUGUUGUCCGAAAUGGAAAGGUAAAAAUGCAAAGGGUACAUUUGGCAAAAGUGGAUAAUUGCAAAGACCAGAAAUCGCAGAGUUACUUGGAUGCGCAUCAUUACGUCGAUCGCAACGAUCCUGAGAAUCCGGAGCGAUUCAUACUUGAAGCACCGGUGGAACGCAUGUACCCGUGGGUAGGGAGCGCUCGGAUUGUCGAUGGGUCGGCUCGUCAUGCAGUAGUGACUCAUACUGAUGGUACCAACGUGGAUGUCGCACUUCAACUUCACGACGAGACGUGCAGCUUAUCGUUUGUGCACGAUUUUUCAAAAGUGGACGACUUCUCGGGAACGAUAAUUGUUGAUUUCAAAUCGAAUCGCUUCUUCAAUCUAACUGUGUAUAAUGCUACUGGAAUUAUGCAUGGUACAGUCAAGAAGACGGCCGACAAAAACAGCAUCGACGAAUUCUACUUCACGGCUUACAUCAGUGAACCGCGGAGUGCGAACAAGACCUUGAUCGUGCCUUUGCCAGCCCUGAUUGGUGGCAGCGAUCGGAUGAUUUGUCUUCGAGCAGACGACGAUUCCAGUGAAAGCGAGGUCUGCAGGGUGGUGGUAUUCAAGGAAGUUCCUCUUGAGAAUCCGGAGCGAUUCAUACUUGAAGCACCGGUGGAACGCUUGUACCCGUGGGUAGGGAGCGCUCGGAUUGUCGAUGGGUCGGCUCGUCAUGCAGUAGUGACUCAUACUGAUGGUACCAAUGUGGAUGUCGCACUUCAACUUCACGACGAGACGUGCAGCUUAUCGUUUGUGCACGAUUUUUCAAAAGUGGACGACUUCUCGGGAACGAUAAUUGUUGAUUUCAAAUCGAAUCGCUUCUUCAAUCUAACUGUGUAUAAUGCUACUGGAAUCUUGCAUGGUACAGUCAAGAAGACGGCCGACAAAAACAGCAUCGACGAAUUCUACUUCACGGCUUACAUCAGUGAACCGCGGAGUGCGAACAAGACCUUGAUCGUGCCUUUGCCAGCCCUGAUUGGUGGCAGCGAUCGGAUGAUUUGUCUUCGAGCAGAUGACGAUUCCAGUGAAAGCGAGGUCUGCAGGGUGGUGAUAUUCAAGGAAGUUCCUCUUGAGAUCAAUCUGCUUGAGAACACGUGGAGAGAGAUCGACGGCCAUUGUCCUGAUUGUAAUAAAUUAACGGUGAAUGGUUUUCUAAGCAAUCUGAAUCCGAUGAACUGGGCUACCGGUAUUUCAUCCAUCUCAAACUUUGUUAUGAUGCUAACCGAUGUUAUUAUUUAUAUUAUUGUAUUACUUGUUGUAUAUUUUCUACUCACCAGGUGCUUGAUACCUUUGUGUAGGUGUACGCUUUGCUUUCCACCUUCUCCGUUUUGCUGUAGUUUUAGCUUACCAAGGUAUAAAGCGAAGGAUGUUCAGCAUCCGUGA